AUGAGGUGCACUCUCUUGUUAGUCGCUAGCUUGGCUGGUCUUGCCGUUGCGCAGCCUAUUGUUGAAUGCAAAAAUACAUCCACAAGCACGCUACCAAAGGACGAGGCCACCGAACAGCCCAUGCCUACUCCCACCAAGCUCACUAGCGGUUCCCUCAAACCCUUCAAGCUGCCCGCGAAAGGACAGGGCAGCGUAGUUUUGCUAUGCGGAGUUCACAUUAAUAGCAAGAAACUGAAGAGUGAGGAUUGUGUUGGCACGGAGAGAUUUUGCAACGAGGCUCUCUAUAGAGAUUUGGAAGAGACGUUUGCUAGCCCCGAGGAAUGCCUUGCUAGUCAACAGCCUAAGAAGACCGCCGUAACCGAGAAGGAUCUACGAAAGGACGAGGCCACAAAGCUACAUGAAGAUGCGGUGUCUUGUUUCGAUGCUUUAGAUGAAGUAUUUAAGCAAUGCCGGGAGAGCAAGAUGGAUGAUUGUCGGAAGGGCAAGGCCGACGUGCAGCAGUGCAAAUCAGAGGCCGACAAGCAGUGCGUACUGGAGACGGAAGACGAAGCAGCCAGAUGCAGGAAACUUCCGGACACUGUCCCAGGAAAGGAGCGAGAUCCUCUGAAUAACCAAGCCGCACAGAAGUCGGAAAGGAAGAAAAUCGACGAUCACUGUGGGCGCUUUGGCGAUGAUGGUGAGAAAAAGUCCGAGUGUAACUUGGCAGUGAGACGCUGCGUUGGUCGGGUACGCAAAGACGCAUCCUUGGAGGAUUUCCUGGCCUGUGUGGACAAUACACAGGCCUGUGCUAUAUAUAAGUUUGCAGACGAGCAUGAUGCCUGCGUUAUAAACGCGGAGCAAUGUGCAAAAGAGUUGAAAGGAGCAUCUGACGGGUUCGAUAAGCUCGCCAAGUGCGCGAGGGACCGCACCAACAAAACUUAA